AGAUAUUUUAAAAUUUAUCAUUUUUGUCACUUUCUUCCUCUGAUCCCUUGUCCAUGGCAUCCAAAGUUCACAAAUGAAACUCAAAAGCAAACUAAUUAUUAUAUAAAAAUGUUUCUUUUUUACUUUCCUUCAUUUCUGACGAAAUUCGUCAGUUUAUAGGGCGAAAGCGAGACAUAUGACUCCAUAUCCUCUGACGGCACGGUUCUCUCUCAAGCAACAAGCAUUGUACUCAUGAUAACAGCUGCAAUGCUACCAGUUCAGUGAUUCUAGCUGCUGCUGCUUCUUCUUUUGAGUUUUUUUUUGGAGUAUUAGAUUGAAAGCAAAUCGAUUAUCGUUUCCAUGGAUUACGAAAGAAUCCAAAAGCCUCAGGGCGGAGGUGGAUUUUCCCCAGCUAAGCUAAGGACUAUGCUAUUAGGAAUAGAAAAGAAAAGAAAACAAGAAGAAGAACAAGUUGAAUCUUCAAUAGAUUUAAGAUCUCAACUUUCUCACCUUGAUGAUGAUUCAGGGAAAAGUGGUUCUGAUAGUUGCAAAGAUGUAGAUGUGGUGAGUGUUCUUCCAGAAUGUUCCACUUCCACAACUGCAGAUUCCAUAGCUGCUUUGCAGAAUGGUAGCGACCGAAGAUCAAAGGAACAUUCUUUAGGCACUACUCGAAACCGGUUCAUCGAGGAUCAUCCUGGUUUAGAUUACGAUAGUGGACAUGACAAUAUGAAUGUGUCCUCAUCGAUCUUUGAGUUUCAGAAGACUGAACGGGCACCACAAAGGGUUCCCCUUGGUCCGUUUUCUAAGCCGGCUCCAUCUAAAUGGGAUGAUGCUCAGAAAUGGAUAGCUAGUCCUACUGCGAAUCGGCCAAAAACAGGACAGGGCCAAGGGGUGGGAUCAAGAAAAGGGGGUAAUUUUGGUCAUGGGAAACAGUCGUCUACUAAGGUGGUUCUUGAAGUUCCAGAUCAAAGGAUGGUUCCUUUUGAAGAACCGGAUACGAAAAGGAUUGAUACAAACCAUGCCAAGAAGUUUGUGAAUUGGGAGAGUGAUCCAUACCCGGGUGUGGAUUCAUAUGGGAAGCCUGUACUAUUGAUUGAGAAUUCUGUUGCAGAGUCAGCUAUUAGUCUUAGCCGGCAUGAUUCAUCAAUAUCAAUACAUAGUGCUACGACGUUUAUUCCCCCUCCUUCAACAGCUAGAUCAGUAUCCAUGAGAGAUAUGGGCACAGAAAUGACUCCUAUUGCUAGCCAAGAACCUUCGAGGACAGGAACUCCUGUGCGGUCAACCACACCAAUUCGGAGCCCAAAUUCAUCCAGGCCAUCAACUCCCAGCAGAGCUGUGCCAUCUGCAUCUCCAGAAAAUUCAGGGAAAGAUCACUUGGGUUUGAACAUGGAGUUCUCGGAGAAGGAGCUCCAGAUGAAAACAAGGAGAGAAAUUAUGGUUCUUGGGGCCCAGCUGGGUAAAACAAACAUAGCUGCAUGGGCUAGCAAGGAGGAGGAGGAUAAGGAUGCAUCCACCUCUCUGAAAACUAUAGCACCAGAACAUACAUCUAAAAAUGUCCUUGAAACCCGUGCAGCAGCAUGGGAGGAAGCAGAGAAAGCCAAGUAUAUGGCCAGGUUCAAACGUGAGGGAAUGAAAAUUCAAGCAUGGGAGAGCCAUCGAAAAGCUAAAACUGAAGCUGAGAUGAAGAAGAUCGAGGUUGAGGUUGAAAUGAUGAAGGCCCGUGCUCAUGAUAAGCUCAUGAAUAAACUAGCUGCCGCAAGGCACAAGGCAGAAGAGAAGCGUGCAGCAGGAGAAGCCAAGCGAAACCAACAAGCUGCAGAAACCGAGCAGCAAGCCAAUUACAUUCGCAGAACCGGCCGCGUCCCAUAUUUCUGCUGCUGGACUUGGUGCUCCUGAAAAGAUACAGGUUAUUUUUAUUCAGUUCAAUCUGCUCUAACCACAAUGCUGUUUCUUGCACUUCCUGGCUUCGCCGGUUGUUCACUAGCAAAUUGAAAACAUCACUCUGGGUUUCCACUGUAAAGCUUAACUUCUGUAGAGAAGCCUCCAAACCAUCCACCCGGCAAUGUGGGGAAAAAGUAGCCGCGGGAAGAAGGCUAUGGUGAUUGAAAUUUCCUUUUUAGGGUUUCAUUGUAUGAAUUGCUUAUUUAUUGGAUCAAUUAUUGUUUACGCU